AUGGGGAAACUUCACUCCAAACCGGCCGCCGUGUGCAAGCGCAGGGAGAGUCCGGAAGGUGACAGCUUCGCGGUGAGCGCUGCCUGGGCUCGGAAAGGCAUCGAGGAGUGGAUCGGGAGGCAGCGCUGCCCGGGCGUUGGUACGGGACCCAGAGAGCUCCGAACGGUGGGCACUGUUGGCAGAGGAACCCGGGAGCUCAUGGGUGAAGUUUUCAGAGAAACACUGAGUGAAGAAGAAGAGGAGGACUUUCGACUAGAAGUGGCCCUGCCGCCAGAGAAGACCAAUGCCCUGGGCAGUGCAGAUGAGAAGAGGAUGGACAGAGCCAGUGAAUCCUGCCCAGGCUCUAAGAAGCAGCUCAAGUUUGAAGAGCUGCAAUGUGAUGUGUCUGUGGAAGAGGACAGCAGGCAAGAGUGGACCUUCACCCUGUACGACUUUGACAACAAUGGCAAGGUCACCCGAGAGGACAUCACCAGCUUGCUGCAUACUAUCUACGAGGUGGUCGAUUCCUCUGUCAACCACUCCCCAACAUCCAGCAAGACGCUGCGGGUAAAGCUCACAGUGGCACCUGAUGGGAGCCAAAGCAAGAAGAACAUCCUUCUCAAUCCCUCUGACCUACAGAGCACACGGCCCAGAGCAGAGACCAAGCCUACAGAGGAGCUGCGCAGCUGGGAGAAGAAGCAGAGAGCCCCACUCAGGUUCCAGGGCGACAGCCGCCUGGAGCAGUCAGGCUGCUACCACCACUGCGUUGACGAGAACAUCGAAAGGAGAAACCACUACUUAGAUCUCGCUGGGAUAGAAAACUACACUUCCCAGUUUGGGCCGGGUUCCCCUUCAGUGGCUCAGAAGUCAGAAUUGCCCACCCGCACCUCCAACCCCACUCGGCCUUGCUCCCAUGAGCAGGAAACCUUUCAUGGCCCACACAGGAAGUCCCAAGGCGUGGACCCAGGCUCCUCCCACUUCCUUGACACCCCAUUUGCCAAGGUCUCGGAGGUCCAACAGCGACUUCGGGUCACCCAGGAUGGGAGCAAGCACUCUGUGAGGUCCCCCAAGGCCCAGGGCAAGAGCACAGGUGUGGGCCACACAGCCAGAGGGGCUAGAAGCAAACCCCCUUUGGGGCCCGCCAGCUCUUCAGUGACCCCCACCAUCCAUCUGGCCACCAGCCCGGCCUUCCUCCCCACCCUGGCACCCCUUGGUCACAAGAAGCACAAACACCGAGCCAAGGAGAGUCUGCAGCCGCAGCUGGCAGCGGGUGCAGUGGUGGGGCGGGAACAGGGGAGGGAGCUGCCCGCCAUGGUCCUCUAUGAGAGCCAGGCUGGGCAGGCAGUCCAAAGACACGAGCACCACCACCACCACGAACACCACCACCAUUACCACCACUUUUACCAAACCUAG